AAUGUUUACGGAUUUGUAGCAUUUGCGUGCAGCAUGCUAUCCAGGAUAUGUAAACGUGACGAGCAUCGAAGUGUCUUCGAGGGAAAUUCCUAAAGAACGAUGACGCACUUAUCCUCUGCUAGCAGUGGACCAUCUCAAACCAAUCGUGCUGCUUCUAUUACAUCGCAUGGCUCCUCGCAUGCUUGUAAGCAGUAAUAGCGAAAUAAUAAUUAUUCAUUGUCUGACUGUGUAUUUGCUAUAAUGCCGAGGAUGCUGCCUUCGCGGAUCGCUCGCGGCGUCCGGAUGUGCCGCCGCCGCGUCCCUUUCACUGCCGGGGGUAUCCUUAUAUAUAUGAGCUUCCAAUCAAAUGCUCUUGCCAAUGGAUCGCUAAUCGGCAUCGCGGUAUACAGGAGAUAACCGGUAAAAUAACAUCCGUGAGCCGGUUUUUGUUAAGAUGACCGAAAUGUGGAUCAGUAGCUUAAAGUAUUCCCUUGCAGUGAUUCUUAUUACGUGCUCGCUCUUCGUCGGCUCAGAUACACAUGCAACACAGAAUGGACUCAAUACUGGCGCCUUCAGCAGUGCGUCAGCUAAUGCAUUCAAUGGAGCCGGUGCAUCGGCUAAUGCGAAUGCUGGAGCCGGUCUGCCCGCAUUAAAUAAUCCCCAUGGGUUUACUGGUGCAUUCGGAGAAACAGGAUUUCUUCCUGGAGAUGGACGUAAAGAAAUUCGUAAUUAUAACAACCGCGGCUCUCCUUACGACAACAAUGCUAAUCGCGGUACAAAAUCGUACGACACGCCUUCGGGCGACGUCGGCGGCCUUAAUGACAGAAGAGGAGGCGGUGGACGUAUCUAUUAUAAGAACGGUGAACGCUUUAGAUGCAAAUGGGAGAAUGACGAUUACUGGGAAAAGGUUGAGACAGAAGGAGACGGAAACGAGUGCGAGACCGGCGAAGACGGCGACGACGGCCAGUACAGGCCUGAGAAAUAUGAUGACUCGAGUGACGACAUACGUGAAUUAAAAAAAUAUCGACUGCAGUCACCCUUGAUAGAAUUGGAGCCGCCCCUGAUAGAAUUGCAGCCACCUUUAAUAAAAUUGCAGCCACCCUUGAUAGAAUUGCAGCCACCCUUAAUACAUAAGACCGUAAGCACAUAUUCUGACAGCGAGACUCAAAAAUUUGGCAGUCCUGAGAGUGAUUUCCUAACGAACAGUAGAUAUGCAGGAAAAACCGAUAAUUUCGGAAUUACGCCAAAAUAUGAACCUGGUAGCGGAACUGCAAGUGUCUUUGGAACAAUACCGAGCUCUCAAUCAUCCUGGAAUAAAGAAAUAGCAUCGAGUAGUUUUAGUUCUUCGUCGAAAUCCGCCUUGGAUGGUGGACUCGAUAUAUCCGCAAGUUUUGGCACUACGUCAAAACCCAUAACGAACUGGAAUACCGGAUCUGGUGUAGCAGCUAAUGCGGUAGCUAAUACAGCAGCUAAUGCAGCAGCUAAUGCAGCAGUUAAUGCAGCAGCUAAUGCAGCAGCUAUUGCAGCAGCUAAAGCAGCAGCUAAUGCAGUAGCUAGUGCAGCAGCUAGCGCAGCAACUAAAGCAACAGCUAGUGCAGCGGCUAAUGCAGCGGCUAAUGCAGCGGCUAAUGCAGUAGCUAGUGCAGCAGCUAGUGCGGCAGCUAAUGCAGCAGCUAGUGCAGCAGCUAAUACAGCAGCUAAUGCAGCAGCUAAUACAGCAGCUAAUGCAGCAGCUAAUGCAGCAGCUAUUGCAGCAGCUAAAGCAGCGGCUAGUUCAGCAGCUAGUUCAUUUUCUUCUACGCGGAAAUCCGACACAGUUUGGAAUAAAAACGAUGGUAUACCUGUUGCGGGCUUCAGCACAACAGCGAAACCAGCACAAGAAUGGAAUGUUGUUAUAUAUGACGGUGAUUCCGGAAGAAUUCCACCCCCGCACAAACCUGGGACUCCUUGGAAUCUCGGGCAUGCAACGACACCGAAACCUGGAGUAAAUUGGAACACCGGAUUCGGCAGCAAUCCUGGACCAAAUUGGAGUUCGGAUUAUGGAACGCCUGCUGCUGGAAAGCAAAUUCCUGGCAAGGCAGGUGUAACAUCUAUCCAAAUUGGUUUAACGAAAAGUAAACCUUUAAACAGCGGCGUAUCAAUUGCGGCACCACACGCAGAAAGUGUCAUUGCACCUUUAGGCAGUUACGGAUCUCAAUUUGGAGCUCAAAAUGCUAAUACUUAUGCUGGAGUUUAUGCUGGAGCAAGUGGAACAUCCGGUAUUGCAAGCAACUCUCGCGGAAGCGCAUCCGAUAUUACGCCUCAUAGUACGCAGCCUUUGAGUACAUCAAAUAAUUUCGGAACUGGUAAAAGAUUACAUGGAGGAAUUACCGGGCCGAGUUUAUCCAGUACCAAUUCUGCGGGGCAAGAUAGCAUAUUUAAUUCUGGAAAACCACGACAAUCUCUAACUGGGAGCAGCCUGUAUGAGCGUUCGGAAGCUACCAAAUCUAAUAGCAAUGGAAACGGAUUUAUCAACACCAAAUCUUCGUUAACUACAGGUCCUCGUGCUGAACUUUUUACAUCAAACGCUGCAACAACUAAAUCUCCAUUUAGCUAUGCGACCACGCCACGCCUUACGCCUCCUAGCCCUUUCAGCGGGACAAGAUCGAACAACUUGGGCCAAUCCAGUUUUAAUUUCGGAAGCAACGGCGCAGCUGCAAACGCUGCUGCGAACGCUGCAAGCGCUAGCAAAAGCGCUAGCACAGUCACGUUCGGGACAUCUCUUGAUACGCAAAGCACUUCUGGUAUAGCCGGAACUGCACCAAAAUACGGGGAGAGUUCAGUUAAUUCUGGGGUCAAAGGCUCCUUUGGAAGCACCAGAUCCGGUUAUGGAACUGUUCCUCUCAGAACGAAUCCUAAUGUCGGAACUAAUGCUUGGUCCAAGCAAGCUGAAAAUGAAGGCAAGACUACAUUUGCUAGCGGAAAUCCUGGAACCAUAAGUGGCAUUAGUCCCUGGUCUGGAUUAAGUGGAAUUAGAUCUGCAGGACAUUCUGAAAUUGAAAGUAAAACCUUGCCUGGCGCGCAAUUGAGCGGAAGUAGUUCUUCGUUUGGCAAACAAUCUAUAAGUGGAAAUAAUCCUUGGCUUAACAAAGUUGUAAGUGGAAGUAAGAGUACGUUUGGAAGCAGUGAUGCCUCGCCUGCAGCAAGUGGAAGCAGACCCGCGGGACAUUCUGAAAACGAGAGUAAAAUCUUGAUUGGCGCGCAAUCGAUUGGAAAUAAUCCUUGGCUUAACAAGGCUGUAAGUGGAAGUAAGAGUACAUUUGGAAGCAGUGAUACCUCGUCUGCAGCAAGUGGAAUUAGACCUGCGGGACAUUCUGAAAACGAAAGUAGAACCUUGAUUGGCGCACAAUCGACUGGAAGUAAUUCUUUGCUUGGCAAACAGCUUGUAAGCGGAAGUAAUCCUUGGCUUAACAAACUGCCUGCGAGCGGAAGUACGAGCACGUUUGGAAUCGCGAGUGAUACCUCGUCUGCAGCAAGUGGAAUUAGACCUGCGGGACAUUCCGAAAACGAAAGUAAAAUCGUGAUUGGCGCACAAUCGGCUGGAAGUAAUUCUUUGCUUGGCAAACAACUUGUAAGCGGAAAUAAUCCUUGGCUUAACAAACAGCCGGUAAGCGGAAGUACGAGCACGUCUGGAAUCGCGAGCGAUACCUUGCCGGGAACAAGUGGAAUUAAGCCUAAAGAACAAUCUGGAAGCGGAAGCAAAACUUGGUCCAGUACACAAUCUAGUGGAAAUAGGUUCGGCAAAGAGUCCGAAAGUGAGACUGCGUCUGAAGAAGACGAUUAUUCGUGGGACGCGCAGAAUUCAUGUAGUAGAGGAUUAAAAGGCCCUACUAAAACAUAUUAUCCUGCUUCAACUGAAUCUUAUCCUGCAGAUCUUGCGAAAUGGAAUCCUGCAAAUCCAUUUUUAUUUGGAGCAAAAGGCGAUAAUCCAAGCGAUAUUUCACGCCUUUGGAAUAGCGGAACCACAACCACAGCUAAGCCAAUCGGUAAAGGAAAUCCUUUCCUCGAUCGCCUUUAUAUUACUCCUAAGCCUGGAUAUGGCGGCAGUGGAGGAAGGAAACCUGAAGGAAGCAAUCCCUUUAUUGAAUCCGGAAGUGAACAACUUGCUGGUUCUUCUGCAUCAGCAAGCAGUAGCAGUUAUGCGAAUGUAAAGAGUGAUUCCAACUCUGAAGGAGCUUCAUCGCAGAAUAGAAAUAAGGAUGGACUUUACUCUACGAGAGGAAAUACUCCCGUGGGAGGGAUCGGUGGAAGUGGUUUAGGUGGUUCAUCAGCCGGUGGACAAUCCGCUGGUUCUUCUGCAUCAGCAACAGCGAGCAGCAGCAGUUUUGCGAAUAUUCCCGGUGGCAGUCCUGCGGCACCUGGAAUCGGAAUUGUACCCGUUCCUUUCGCUAUCGAUGCAGGUCGUCCCGCAUCAGCAGAAAGUAAUUCGGCGGCUAAUGCUUACGCAAAAUCUCACGCAGAAUCUCACGCUGAAUCUCACGCCGAAUCCUUCGCCCAAGCUUCCAGUUUUUCUAGUUCGAAUUCUUUCUCCACAUCAGGAUCCGACAAUCUCCAAAAUGCAAAAUGGGAUCCCCUAACUGGGGGAGGUGGACUACAAAAUCCAGCUGGAUCUAAUCCCUGGCCUCCCGCUGCUGCCCAGGCCACUGCUUUUGCCAGUGCCGGAAAUGGCUGGGCAAGAAAUUAUCCUAUCGACGUGAAGGGUUAAUUAUUUCAGUCAAAAGAUGAAUAUUAAGCAAGCAGAAGAUAAAUGUGCAGAUAAUGACAUUAUUCUAAAAUAUUCUAAAAUACGUACAUUUUGUUGGCACAUAUUGCUACUUAACAAUUAAAAUACUCAAUUUUGUUUAUGUAAAACUUUAGAUAAAGAUUUUACAUUCAUUAUU